AUGAGUAGCGUUACGGUUGUGGCGCUAACGCUGGCCCUUGUUUGCCUCUGGGCACGCGAGUCCAGCUGCAGCGGGCCGAUGUACGGAGCCAAGGCAUCGUCCAAGCCGGACGACGCGUCUACUGCCGGGUAUGAACAGAACGCCAAACCUGACAAGCGAGUUGGCAUCUACCCGACUACCCCGAACGUUGAACAGGACAGCUCUUCAAGCGAAAGUGCAGAGCACCACGCUUCGUCUGACGAUCACUACGGUCCGUUGGUCCAGAAGUUCCACGAUUGCUACCACGGACACCUGCCGCUCUCGCUGUGCGUCCAGCUGCCCGCGGAUGCCCCGAUGAAGCUCUCGAAGCACGUGAUGCAACAGAUGGUGAACUCGCUCAUGAGGGAUCCCCUCGUGCACCACGGCGAGGUACCGUGCAAAGCGCCCAAGAAGCAUGCCCACGGUAAGCCCUACCAUCAUUCGCACGAGUCGGGCGAGAAGAAAGUCUACGGCGAAGUGAAGAAACCGUGCCCCAAGGAGUACCCGCAGCCUCCGUGCAAGGUUUGCCAUGAGACUCACGAACAUAAGCCACACGGUUGUAAGAAAUACUCUCACCUUGUCUUCGGGAAGGCUUUGGAGCACACGAAAAAACCUUGCGGCUAUUCCGCCGAGUCGCACGAGCCGCCCAAGAAGGACUAUCCCGUGUUCCCGGCUUCGGGAGAAUUCUAUCACCAGAAGAAACCGUGCGAACACAAGAAACCCUGCAGUUGUUCGGCCGAAACGUACGAACCGCCCAAGAAGGACUAUCCCGGCUUCCCAUCUUCGGGAGAGUCUUAUCACCAGAAGAAACCUUGCGAACAUAAGAAACCCUGCAGUUGUUCCGCUGAGUCGUACGAACCGCCCAAGAAGGAAUAUCCCGGCUUCCCGGCUUCGGGAGAAUUCCAUCACCCGAAGAAACCGUGCGAACACAAGAAACCUUGCAGUUGUUCGGCCGAGACGUACGAACCACCCAAGAAGGACUACAGCUACCCGUCUUCGGGAGAAUCUUAUCACCUGAAGAAACCGUGCGAACACAAGAAACCCUGCAGCUGUUCGGUGGAGUCCUUUGUGACCCCGAAGAAGCCGUAUUCCUUCCCCUGCUCGCACGAGUCAGCGGGCUCCCAUGAGCACCCGAAGAAACCGUACCAGCCGUACCCGAAAGAGUACUCGUCGGGAGAAAGCUACAAGCCGGACUACGUGACGACGCCGCAGGUAUACAACGCCCCCAAGAAACCGUGCGGAGCCCACCCUGAACCACCCUACUACAAGAGCACCACUCCCGCUCCUCAUCCAACAGCCUACCCUACGCCGCGCUCAACGGCUCAUCCCGUUCCGUAUCGAACGACCUGUACGGCCGGACACUACACACCAUACACUGAACCUCCUCGCUAUCCGUCCAUGUCGUACAACUCACCCAGCUACCCAAAGCCAACGUACGAACACAAUCGCUACGACCACAAGGACUGCGAAUCCGCGUCGACCUAUCCCAAACCACCGUACCACUUUGACCAGCAGCCACGUCAAAACUACUAG